AUGAUGGAUGAGCUGCGGCCUCCAUCUGUGGUCCAGAAGCUCCAUGGACAGUCCAUGUUGUUCAAAGAAAUAUCUUCUUCUGCCAUGAGAAGUCAUGUAGUUAACAAUGCACAUUAUGCGCGCAAUUUCUCUGUGACAAAAUACCAUCAGACGAAUGGAAGUAUUGGGCAUUUGCCUCGCAAUACAGCAUCCCCGAUCCGCGCCCCCGCGCCCGAAGAGAAGGGUUUUUCUGGAUUCAUGAUUGAUUUUCUAAUGGGUGGAGUUUCUGCCGCCGUCUCCAAAACGGCGGCUGCUCCGAUUGAGCGUGUUAAGCUCUUGAUUCAGAACCAAGAUGAAAUGAUCAAGAGUGGUAGGCUUUCUCAUCCUUACAAAAGUAUCGGCGAUUGCUUCACCCGCACAGUAAAAGAUGAGGGUGUGGUUGCACUCUGGAGGGGAAACACGGCCAAUGUUAUCCGUUACUUCCCGACUCAGGCCUUAAACUUUGCCUUCAAGGACCAUUUUAAGCGAAUGUUCAACUUUAAAAAGGACAAGGAUGGGUACUGGAAGUGGUUCUUCGGCAACAUAGCUUCUGGAGGAGCAGCCGGUGCUUCUUCUCUGUUGUUUGUGUAUUCUCUGGAUUACGCUCGUACUCGUCUUGCCAAUGAUGCCAAGGCUGCAAAGGUGGGUGGCCAGAGGCAGUUCGACGGCAUCGUAGAUGUCUAUCGCAAGACCCUCGCUAGCGACGGUGUCCGUGGCUUGUACCGUGGGUUCAACGUGUCUUGUGUGGGCAUCAUCGUUUAUCGAGGUCUUUACUUCGGAAUGUACGACUCUCUCAAGCCGGCGGUUCUCGUUGGUUCUCUUGAGGACAACUUGCUUGCCAGUUUCCUCCUUGGCUGGGGUGUAACGAUGGGUGCUGGGCUUGCCUCGUAUCCUAUUGAUACCGUGCGCCGCCGUAUGAUGAUGACAUCCGGUGAGUCCGUGAAGUAUAAGAACUCAAUGGAUGCUUUCAAGAAGAUCAUCGCCGAGGAGGGCCCCAAGUCCCUCUUCAAGGGUGCCGGCGCCAACAUCCUUCGCGCUGUUGCGGGUGCUGGUGUCCUUGCGGUGUAUGACAAGCUCCAGGUGGUCGUCUUUGGCAAGAAGUAUGGGUCCGGUGGUGGCUAA